AUGAGAUUAAUAAAACUGUUGCCAAAGCAACCUUCAUGGAUCCAAGAUUUAAGAAAGCUGGUUUUGGCGUCGAAAGAAGACGAGUUAAUCAUGUUAGAAACAUCGGACUCUCAAGUUCGACUGCAAGUCCCAAAUACAUCUCCACAACCAUCUGCAUCACAUCUCGUAACACUUUCUAAUUUAUCUUCAGAUUCCCAGCAGAUAACUUCUAAGGUGACCAGCGAGAAUUUAUGGAAGCAUCGAGAUGAGAAGGUAAUGGAAUUUUCUAGCAUGGAAUACCCCUCAACUUCCGCAAUUGUCAAGGUGAAACAGUAG